AUGAUGUUAACUUCGACGGCAGUGACUGUGAUGGGCAAAGGCGGCAUCAUGUGGAAAGAGGUCCUCAUCGUGUGCUCUUUCACCUUCCUCGCCGUCGUUAUUCUCGAGAAUCGAUCCGUUCAAGUUACGAUAUCCCCGCAAGCUGACUCGAUAAGCGUACACCGAAACACGCUUCUAUCGGGAUCCAAUUCCGUCCUCCUACCUGGCGCUAUACGGCGAUCCCAUGAAUCCCACGGGCGACCUACAACGGAUGAAAAAGAUCCAGGGCCUGGUUAA